UGCAAAGUAGCGCUUACUUGGAAUUGUUCAGGUAGGUGCAGGUCAAACUCUAGCAUAAAGCAUUAGAGCAGGCAGAGCUGCUGCUGGAGGAUAAAGGCUUAUCUGCUUUCCUGACCUCUCUCCCUGUCUCCAUUAGUGACCGUACCAAACAACCAUCGCCAUGGGUGAAAUGGAGCAACUGCGAAAGGAGGCAGACAGUCUCAAAGACCAGAUCACUGCGGCUCGUAAGACCAUGCAGGACACCACGCUGCAGGAGGCGGUGGCUGGGAUCACCGUGGUGGGCCGUGUCCAGUUGAAGACCAGGAAAACGCUAAGGGGUCACCUUGCCAAGAUCUAUGCUAUGCACUGGGGCACUGACACCAAGCUAUGUGUCAGUGCCUCACAAGAUGGAAAACUCAUAGUGUGGGACAGCAUCACAACCAACAAGGUGAGCGCCAUCCCUCUCAAGUCAUCGUGGGUGAUGACUUGUGCCUAUGCACCCUCGGGAAACCUUGUGGCUUGUGGUGGUCUGGACAACAUGUGCUCCAUCUACAAUCUCAAGGGCAAGGACGGAAAUGUCAAGGUCAUGCGUGAGCUGGCGGCGCACACAGGUUACCUGUCCUGCUGUCGUUUCAUUAGUGACAGCGAGAUCAUCACCAGCUCUGGCGACUGCACUUGCGUAUUAUGGGACAUUGAGACAGGAACCCAAAAGACCAUCUUUGCAGGACACCAGGGAGACUGCAUGUCCCUGGCUGUGUCCCCAGACUUCAAGUUUUUCAUCUCAGGGGCGUGUGACUUCACGGCCAAGCUUUGGGACAUUAGGGAGGGCGCAUGCAGGCAGACCUUUGGAGGCCAUGAGAGUGACAUCAACGCGAUUGGGUUCUUCCCAAACGGUAACGCAGUAAUAACAGGGUCUGAUGAUGCUACCUGCAAGUUGUACGACCUGCGAGCAGACCAGGAGCUCAUCACCUACCAGGACUCCAGCAUCAUGUGCGGGGUGACCUCCCUGGCACCCUCCCUGUCUGGACGUCUGAUACUGGCCGGCUAUGACGACUUCAACGUCAACAUCUGGGACUCACUGAAAGCUGAGAGAGUCGGAGUGCUGGCCGGUCACGACAACAGAGUGAGCUGUAUCGGAGUGUCCUCUGAUGGCAUGGCGUGUUGCACGGGGUCCUGGGACAGCUUCCUCAAGAUAUGGAACUGAGGCCGUUCCUCACCAUUGAGCAGAGAGAGAGCAGUUAAACAUCUGCCGGGGGAGAAAUUGAAGAAGAUAAAAAAGAAAUUGGAGUUUGAGGGAGGGAUGUGGAGCCGCAUAGGGUGAGAAGAGGGUAUUUUAAUUGUGCCAAGUCCUGUCUGAUGUUGGAGGGGGGUUGUAAUGUGAAAAAAGAAAUUCUCCUCUCUCUCUCUGUCACAUUGCGCUCUCACCUUUUUUCUCACUAGUUGGUGAAUUUCGCGGUGGGAUAUUGGGUGUGGGGUUUCUGAAAAGACCAUUCCUCUCAUUAGUGAAUUCUGUUGUGGUUCAAAUUAAUAACACAUGCACAUUUACUGCAGCCAUUCAAACAUCACCUGCUGAGGUCAGUUGCCAAAUGGAAAUGGUAGCACACUGGAUGAGAUAGAACUGAAUACGUGUCAAGUUACAGCCUGUGUAGUUUUACACCAGCUCUGCUAAAAUGCUGUAUCAAAGCCUAAAUUAAGUCAUAUGAAGUGAAUAUGAACAUUUGCAUUUUGUUUUGUUUCAGACUGUUGUUUGUUCUUAGUUUUGGUAGAUUCCCUCCACGCUUACGUUUAAAUUCUUUACACUUUCUAAUUUUAAUUGAUUUUUAGUUUGCAGAUGUCUACAUUAGUGUUUGAGAUGUUUUUGUAUGUGAUUGAUGGAAAAUAUUCACCAGGAUCUGUGGUCUCUAACCACCGGGUUAGACCCGAAAGUGCUUUGUGUAAACUGUUGAACUGACAGAUGGGAUAAUAAAAAUGAUUUCAUGGUUCAUUAAGCACUAACAAAAAAAAAGAGGGAUGACCCAUUUGUCUCAGGACAGGACUCUUUAUAUGAGUGUUGUUUUUUCCCCUGGAGGAUAAAUGCUAUUGUGUGGCUGUGUGAGCAGCACAUCUGAAUCUGUAUAUGAGCUUGACAUUUCCUUAUUCAUGAUAACAGAUGAUCUUGAAGGAACAUUUGUGUAAAUACAGAAACAUUUUCUCCACGCUGUGACUUGGAUUUGGACCUCUCUUUACACUGUUGAGUAAAAGCAAUAUUACCUUUCUGAAAGAAUGUCUAAUAAACCUGGGAUUCUGCAUUA